UUUUCAGACACCGUCUCAAUCAGUCAGAGCAGAAUGAGAUUUUUGACAAUAGUACCUCUUUCCUUAAUAUUGGUGACAUGGCCUUUAGGUGACUCAGUGCAAGGCUCAAAAAUCCUAUCUGUAUUUCCCUUUCCAGGGAAAUCUCAGUAUAUAUUUAUUUUGCCACUUUUACAUAAUUUGGCCGAGAAGGGUCAUGAAGUCACUUCAAUUUCGGUUUUUCCUCAAGACAAGCCAAUGAAAAAUUUUCGAGACAUAAUUAUAAAUGAAAAUGCCAAAAUAUAUGAAGGUUAUACUGAAGAAGCUGCCCUAGGUCUCAACAAAUCAAUAUUGGAGGAGCUUCUGGAUUUUCUAUCAUGGGCGAGCAGGCGCUGUCAAAUGUCUGAACACCCAAAAGUAAAGGAAAUAAUGAAAAGCGAAACUUUUGAUCUUGUGAUAAUGGAAAUAAUUGGUACUGAAGCCCUAUUGGGUUUGGGACAACACUUUCAGGCCCCAACUAUAGCCGUAUCCACUUUUCCCGCAAUGCAUUUUAUAGACUACCUUGUGGGCAAUCCUUCACCCUCUUCGUAUAUACCACACAUAAGCAUACCAUAUGGCAACCAUAUGUCCUUCAGGCAAAGAGUUGCCAAUAUUUUGGCAGAAAUCCAAGACGUAUUAAGCCACCGAUACUAUGUUCUGCCCAAGCAAAGAAAUCUCUAUGAAAAAUAUUUCCCCUCAGCUGAGCUAAAUUUUGAUGAGGCCCGCCGUAAUGUCUCUUUGGUGUUGGUGAAUGAUCACUUUACGCUACGCCACCCUAGGCCUUGUGUGCCCAACAUGAUUGAGGUUGGAGGUCUGCACAUAAAACAGCAGCCAAAUAGUUUGUCACAAGAACUUCAAGAAUUUCUCGACACUGCUACCGAAGGUGCCAUCUACUUUUCUUUGGGUUCCAAUGUGAAAAGCAAAGACCUGCCACAGGAAACCCAGCAAGCCAUUCUUGAGAGUUUUCGUGAUUUGAAAAUCAAAGUUUUGUGGAAAUUUGAGGGAGAGAAUUUACCAAAUAAACCAGCCAAUGUUCUCAUACGCAAAUGGUUUGAUCAGCAAUCCGUUUUGGCCCACCCUAAUGUUAAAAUGUUCAUUUCGCAUGGUGGUUUCUUGAGUACUACUGAAACCAUAUUUCAUGGCAAGCCAGUGCUGGCAAUUCCCAUAUUGGGCGAUCAACCAAUGAAUGCUAAAAAUGCGGUAACUGCAGGUUUUGCAUUAUCGAUGGAGUUGAGUGAAAUCUCGAAAGAAAACUUUACCAAAUCCAUUAGAGAAGUCUGGACCAAGCCCAAGUAUUCAGAAGCAGCCAAGCGACUAUCUCAACGUUUUCGAGAUAAACCAAUGACACCUAUGGAUACGGCCUUGUACUGGGUUGAAUAUGUAUUGCGCAACAAGGGAGCUCCGUAUAUGCGAAAUGCUGGACAGGACUUAACAUUUAUGGAGUUUCACAAUUUGGAUGUUUACAUUGUGAUAUCAGUCAUAAUACUGACUUCUUUUGUUAUUGUAAUUCAAGUUUUUUGUUUGUUGCAAAGAUUGGUUUUAAGAACAUUCAAACAGCCUAAAAUAAAGAGAAAUUAAAAGGUUUGCAAAUGAAGGCUAAUGAACCAAUUAAAAAAU